UCCAAAUGAAAUCAGCUGAUCGCGUCGCUGGGGGCGGGCUCAUAAAGGAGUGGACGCCAUCUUGAAGGCUCGGAUGAGAAGAAGCCUCAUUCGAAAGCUUGGCUACCAUUUGGCACAGCUUUAUAAACGACGAAUACUUCGCUUAUCUGAGGGUUGGUAUAAAUCUGACGGAGAGGACGCAGCGGCUCAGUGGCGCUAAUCAAGAUGGCUAGCUGAACAAGUGGGCCCAUACUUGAACGCUAGCUAAGCCCUCCAGGAGUUUGGCUGCUGUCUGUUUCUCUUCUCGCUAACGCAACACAAAUCCAUGCUAAAAACAAACUGCUCCAAACACUGAAGAGACUCUUAAUGUCCCACAAACGGCAAUAUUAUAUAGUUAGUCUUGGGGAUAAAUAUUUGGACACUUGGUGUAUAGAAAACAAAGCCCCGAGAGGGACGGACUAUCUUUAAAUUGUGAGUGGAUUCGCUCCAUUUGAGCUUUAUUUGCUAGUGGACUCGUAACAGCUAAGGAGGAAACAUGAGCACUGCCAGGACAGAGAACCCAGUGAUUCUGGGCUUGUCGAACCAGAACGGACAGCUCCGGGGCUCGGUGAAGCCGGCUGGAGCGCCAGGUGGAGGAGGAGGAGGAGGAGGCGGCCCCCAGCAGCAGCCACUAAACCAGAUGAAAGGCACAAUCAACAAUGGCAACGCCCAGCCUGCCCCCACGACUAAUGCCGUCAUCAAGCCUGGAGAUGACUGGAAGAAAAAUCUGAAAUUGCCCCCAAAGGACAUGAGGAUGAAAACUUCGGAUGUGACGGCAACUAAAGGCAACGAGUUUGAAGAUUACUGCCUGAAGAGGGAGCUGCUCAUGGGCAUCUUUGAGAUGGGCUGGGAAAAGCCGUCUCCAAUCCAGGAGGAAAGCAUUCCCAUCGCGCUGUCGGGAAGGGAUAUACUAGCCAGAGCCAAGAACGGCACAGGGAAGAGUGGAGCCUACCUCAUUCCCUUACUUGAACGCAUCGACCUGAAGAGAGACUGCAUACAAGCAUUGGUGGUAGUGCCCACCAGGGAAUUGGCUCUGCAAGUCAGCCAAAUAUCUAUCCAGGUCAGCAAACACAUGGGAGGAGUGAAGGUGAUGGCAACCACCGGAGGAACUAACCUACGUGAUGACAUCAUGAGACUGGAUGAAACAGUGCAUGUGGUCAUCGCCACCCCAGGGAGGAUUUUGGACCUCAUCAAGAAAGGAGUGGCCAAAGUCGGUCAAGUGCAGAUGAUUGUUUUAGAUGAGGCUGACAAACUCCUGUCUCAGGACUUUGUUGCCAUGAUGGAAGAGAUUCUGGGCUUCCUCUCCAAACAGAGACAGAUCUUGCUUUAUUCUGCAACCUUCCCCCUCAGCGUGCAGAAGUUUAUGAAUUCCCACCUGCAGAAGCCCUAUGAGAUCAACCUCAUGGAGGAGCUGACACUGAAGGGUGUGACUCAGUAUUAUGCUUAUGUCACUGAAAGGCAAAAAGUCCAUUGCCUCAAUACCUUGUUCUCAAGGCUCCAGAUCAACCAGUCUAUCAUCUUCUGCAACUCCUCUCAGAGAGUGGAGCUCCUUGCCAAGAAGAUCUCCCAGCUUGGUUACUCGUGUUUCUACAUUCAUGCUAAGAUGAGACAGGAACAUCGCAACCGUGUGUUCCAUGAUUUCCGAAAUGGUCUCUGUCGAAAUCUUGUCUGCACUGACCUUUUCACAAGAGGAAUAGACAUUCAAGCUGUGAAUGUUGUAAUCAAUUUUGACUUCCCAAAGCUGGGAGAGACGUAUCUUCACCGCAUUGGCAGAUCUGGCCGCUUUGGACACUUGGGUCUGGCCAUCAACCUGAUCACCUACGACGAUCGUUUCAACCUGAAAGGAAUUGAAGAGCAGCUGGGAACAGAGAUCAAGCCCAUCCCCGGAAUCAUCGACAAGAGCUUGUAUGUGGCGGAGUACCACAGUGAGAGCGGCGAAGAAGUGAAGCCAUGAGCCAAUCAGUCCAUCCUCCAUUCCCCUUUGGACCCUGCCCCUCCCCUUCACAACUUGGAUUUUUUUUUUUUUCUUUCUUUUAAAUGUACAGUCUGUCCAUCGUAUAUUUUUGGAUGCCUCCAUCAGGAAUGUGAAUUUUGUUGGAUGCGUGUUGGAAGAACUCAUUUGCCUUGUCAUAGGGCUCAAUGCUGCACCGCCUGCACUGAAGACACCCCCCCCCCCCCCCCCCCCCCCCCACUCCCACCCCACCCCAUGAGGAAAGUACGGGACCAAGUGGACAAUGUAUCAGUGCAUACAGAGGUGGCUUUCCACCGUUAACAUGAAGCCAGCACCCACAGGCCCCCUAAAAUGAGCCCCCCGACCCCUAAUACGCCACUUUCUUUGGGAACCAAUUUGUAUCAAGUGCCUUAAGAAGCAGUCCAACUUGUUAAGUAAUAACCAUCAUCACACAUCUCUCUCAUUCACCUUACAGAAGAUUUGUCGUGCUCUUUUCAUUUCCAGUCACCAAGGUGAAUUCAUAACCUGUUUUCAUUUGCCAUCAGGGGGGAGGGGGGUCAGGGCUGCUGCUCUCAUGCAUCCUGCUCGUCUGGGCUGCCUGCACUUAAGUCUGGCUGAUACUGCAGGAUAAACUUGGAUUUUUCUCCAUGGACAGAUACUGGAUUUUGUUUUUCCGAGAAGAAAGCCAGACUUUUUUGUUUUCUGUUUUUUGCCAGCGCUUCUAGAAGAGCCCGUCACUUUCCUCCUGUCUUCAGUCGCAACACAACACAGACAGUGUGCAGCCAACUAACCACCUGAUUGAGUUGAGGAUUCCUCAUCCAGUGCAGUUCAAUUUGUAGGAGUUUCUUUCUCACCUUCCUAUGGACGGCCAAACUUAACUCUGAGAGCCGUGCAGCCGGCAUAGAGGCUGCCUUGCUCCCCUUGUGUAAAUACCUUACUUUUAAGAUUGUUUUAAACAAGUUCAGAAGGCUGGCUGACAACCGAACUCACACUCACACACACACACACACACACACACUGGCACUGCAGACAGUUUGAUUACUGCCUAUUGGCCUGUGAAUUUAUUUAUAAUUUUAGAAAUUGCAGAAUUGAUUAGAUCCACAAGCGGACCCCCUGCAUGAACUGCUAUUGAGGCCAAGCUCAUCAGACAAAUUGGAGGUGUAAACUGUCAUAAGUGAAACAAUGGUUUCAAUUGGUUCUCCUGCUGCCAGAGUUUUUUUUGUUUUGUUUUGUUUUUUUUAGUCAUGAAUUCUUUUGUCACCAGCCUGGACUUGUGAACUUGACUGGAGACUGGCUUAGCUCUCCAGUCAAAGUUGAUGUGGAAAGAAAAAGGAAAGAUUAGAUUCUAUCAUGUCGUCCUACUUGCUGCAGUGCAGCUUCAUUGGCAGAUCCUUUUUGUUUUGUUUCUUUUAACCCCUGGGGGAGGCGCUACCAGCUGUUACAUGGAGCUACAUUGUGCUCUCUGAGCAUUGUCAACAAAUAUUUGGAAGGACUGCAAUUGAAUCCACCCCCCAGCCCGUUUUGAAUAAGAAUGUUGUUGGAGAAAAGCAUCCAAAACAGUCUGAUGUAAAAUGUAGCAGGAAGUCUCCGUCUAAUGGGAUGUUCUAAACAACCUGGAGCAGGUUGGGCUGCACUUACUGCACAGAGCGGUUGACUUCUGGCAAUAACACUGACGGCACUGCUUUAGUUUCUUUGUUUUCGUUGGGUUUUUUUUAAUUUUAUUUUAUUUUAAUUUGCAAGGCCCAGACAGACAUGCACGUUGGUGUGGAAGAUCCCAAACAAGAAAGGGGAAUGGCAGUGAAGGAUUCCUUAACGACUUGGACUGCAAACUUUUGCCGCCUCAGCUUAUUUCUCUGCCCUUUUGUUUGUCUUUAUGUGGGGUUUGGCUUAUACAUCCUAACCAAAACCUGAUUUUGCACAAAAGCUCUCAGCUGUUUGAGCAGCUCAGAGCCGUUUUUUUUUUUUGUUUUGUUUUGUUUUGUUUUGCAAAGUUUGGUUCCCUCUUGUGGCGAGAUGCUCUUUGACUGUUCCAAUUGAUAACGUCUUAAAAAAAAAAAAAGCUACAUCCUUGUGUUGGAACAGCGAUCCCUGCUCCCUCGCAGUCUCACUGGUCCCUGAGUAACUCAAUCAUCCAAUUAGGCUAAUUUGGUGGGGAGGGGGAGGGUUUUUUUCCAAACUAUCCAAUUAAACGUGAGUAGGAGCGAGCAGGGAUCAAACUUUGCAGACACUCGGCAGCCGUCUGCUUCCUGGUGGCCUGUCGGUGGUAUUGCAGUCAUGGUUUUGUUUUCAAGACUGGUCCAACUGGAUGGUGGUGGUGUGAUGGGUUGCUGCUUACCGCCGGCGGCCACCAUGCUGAGAACCUUAAAGACUGAGAUGAUAGCAUCUUGCCAAAAAUAUCGAAUUGGGUGGUUUUCGUAACAAACUUGCCUCAUUCUUUAAGGUCAUUUUAAAUUUUGGGGGGGUGUCAAUUGGUUGAUUUGCUGCCCUGAUGCACACAAUCCUCCUCGAUAGUGGUGACAAGUGCAAACAAAGACAGCCUUAUGUCCCAUUUGGACCCAGACGUCACUUGCUGUCCAGGAGGAUGCUGCUGCUGCAUCAGUACACGUGGGGGUUCACCUGAUCCCAUCUUGCCCAAAGUUCAAGGAGAUGGGGUUCAUGUUUUGGGGAGGGGAAAUAUGAUUUUGGUUUAGUUUUUGCCCAAAGAAAAUGUUCAAGUGGAGAACUCAAAUUUAAGUGACACAGUUGAAGCCCAAAUUGUUUGCUCAUUUUUAUUUGAUGCAAAUUUGGUCGUUAUUUAAUUGGCAGACUUUUCAGUGAAGCUUAUUUUACUAAAAGAGUUAAGUUAAAAAGAAAUGGUCAUAAAUAUUGGGCUCAAAUAUUGAAGUUCUGUUCCAAAUAAAGCUCACUGAAUUUA